AAAACAGGGAACUGAUGUUUUAAAGGAUGAUAAUGACGCUGCAGACCAGGUUUCUAGCCAGGUUGCUAGCACUUGUCAUUCUUUCUGUGCUGUAUAGCAAGGGAACAACGCAAACCUUUACCAUUGACUACCAGAGAGAUUGCUACGCUAAGGAUGGCGAGUGUUACCGUUACAUUGCGGGGGAAAUGCAUUACUUCCGAAUCCCACCCCACUAUUGGGAGGACAGGCUCUUGAAACUCCGUGCUGCUGGAUUCACUACUGUUCAAACGUACAUACCGUGGAACGUGCACGUGCCUGCGGAAGACACAUACAGUUUUGAGGGAAUAGCAAACGUGUACAGUUACCUGGAGACAGCAUGGUCACUAGGGCUCACAGUGAUAGUGCGACCUGGCCCCUUUCUGGCAACGGAGUGGGACUACGGGGGCUUCCCUGCUUGGUUACUAAAAGAUAGGCCUACUUUAGAUGUACGACGGAACGAAACAAUGUUUAUGAGGGAGGUAAAAAAGUGGUAUUCCAAACUCCUCCCCACACUGAAACCCUACUUGUACAGUAGUGGGGGUCCUAUUAUUGCAGUUCAGGUUGAAAAUGAGUACGGGAGUAACAAACCCUGCGAUGCAGGUCACUUUGACUACAUGACCCAGUUGAGAGACAUCUACAGAGAACACCUGGGUGAAGAGAUAGUCCUGCUCACCGUGGACGGAGAUAGCUACAAGCUGGCUCAGUGUGGUAAUAUAGAGGGGCUUUACUCCACACUUAACUUCGGGUCAGGAGGUAAUAUUACCAGCAAGUUCCUGGUACAGAGGAAACAGGAACCCAGAGGUCCUUUUGUGUGCAGCGCCUUCUUCAGCGGCUGGCUCGAUCAUUGGGGGCACAAGUUUGCUAAGACAGGAGCAGAACACCUCGCACAGGGGUUACAGAACCUACUGGAGUUUAACGGGAAAACAGCCAGUGUCAGCAUGUACAUGUUCCACGGGGGCACCAACUUCGCUUACAUGCAGGGAGGAAGAGGAGACUGGAAUAACGCCACCACUACAGACUACCCCCGACUGUGGGGUAAGAUGACUAGUUAUGACUACGACGCACCCCUCUCAGAAGCCGGGGACACUACUUGGAAAUAUCAGCUCCUGCGCCAAGUCAUCGGUAACUACAGCAAGACACGCCCGAUACCUGACAACACUACUAAACAUCACGUUGGACCGGUACAAUUGGAGGAGGUUAUUAACAUAUUUGACAUGGUGAGACUGCUGCAGUACGACCCUAACUGCGUGAUUCAAAGCGAGUUACCUCUUCCAAUGGAACAGAUGGGACAGAAUCACGGAUUUGUUGUCUACCAAACUAUGAUACCGGAGGAAAUACCUCUACCAGCAGCUAUUGACAUAGACCUUUACGGAGACAGGGUUUACGUAAUGACAGAAGACGGUGAAGUACAGAUCAGUUCCCGAAACCGCCCUUACAAAACCUUCUCAUUUAGUCGCAGGAAGCUUUACAUCCUGGUUGAAGACAACGGACACAGCAACACUGGUCACGUGAGAUACUCCUACAAAUAUUACCAGAAGGGAAUAAUUGGGAACGUUACAGCUAAUGGCCAGGUUCUAUCAGGCUGGAAAGCGUUUCUUAUUUCCAAUUUCCUGCCACGUGGUCCUUAUGAAGGCACUCCAGAAGAAGCUUCUAAGUGCAGCUGGAGGGCACUUGUAGCAAAACACGGAAAGAGGCGUGAUGAGGCAGGAGAAGAGGUAGAGAGAGAGGUAGGGAGAGGUUUCAUCCCUACCUUCUACAGAGCUACCAGUCCUCUUUUACUAGAGAGUGAUACAUAUGUAGACACACAAGGUUGGGGGAAGGGUAUUCUCAUGGUUCUUUAUAACAAAGCUACUCAAACGGACGACAUUAACCUUGGCAGGUAUUGGCCACUAGCAGGUCCCCAGAAGAGACACUACUGCCCCAGUCCAGGUCCCACCAGAGAACACAUGAAGUCCACCUUCCUUCUGUUCGAGUUGGAGCGAGCGCCGACUAACUUGACGAUUGUUCUCACUGAUACUCCACUCGUUGAUGGUUCCUAUGAUAGUUCUCAGCAGUGAAAAUACUUUCUUGAGGCAGAAGAGAGGGAUUUUUUUCAUUUUUUAAUUUUAAGCGAGGAUUUUAAAGACAUAAACCGCAACUUAAUGUGAGCAAUUUAUUUUUGAUUUCGUGCUUAAACUGCUAUUAUAUUUGUUUCGUAAGAUUUUCUAUCAUUUUAGAUACGUUUAUGCUGCAGGGCAAACAAAUUAACUGAUUCUCGUUCUGUAUUUUAGUUGUUUACUAUUAGUAGUAGUAGCAUUUUAGUUGAUUUGUA